AUGGAAACACCCGUAAUUCAAGAUCAGUAUUUGGCAGCGAGGGCCUACUUUCUCUGUGUCAUUGGGAUGCUUUUCCUCGAGAGCAUCGUCCGACUUCCUGCGCGGUUUCGCAGCUUGGCACAUCGCGGCCGCCCGUUCAUCAAAGCAUCAUCAUCGGGCCACACACGCGUGGCCGUAGCCCUGCACAAGCUAUUGACUCUGCCAUCGCCCAUCCCCAUCCUCACGAACCACCAUGCCGCCAACUUCCUAAGGUUCGCGGCCCUCCUUGCUCUCAACAUCUUGUUCGGAGUAAACGACAACGAAUUCACUACCGACUUCAAACUCUACGGGUGGCUCACAAUCGCCAACGGCGGCCUCGCCCUCCUCCUCGCCGCACGCACAAACCUCUUCUCCAUCAUCGCCCAGAUCCCAUCCCCGGUUCUUCUCGUUUACCACCGCUGGAUCGGCGUCGCUACCAUGGUCCACGCAACCAUCCACUUCGCCCUGAACACCCAGCACUACAUCGCCACCGACCAACUCGCUGACUCAUUCUACAACCUGCGCAUCCAAGUCGGCGCCAUGGCAUGGGCAUCCCUCGUCCUUAUCUCCCUCACCUCGGUCCCCAUUAUCCGCCGCCGAUUCUUCGAGGUCUUUUACUACUCUCACGCCCUCUUCUUCCUCUUCGUUGUCGGCGCCCUCAUCCACGCCACCAAGGGUCCUGAGUUCCUGCUGCCUGGCCUUUUGCUCUGGGGUUGCGACCGUUUCCUGCGCUUCUACUACAACUUUCGUCCCAUCAACACGACCGCUGUGCAGCACCACUACGGAGACGUCCUCAAGAUCAAGUUCGAAGGGAUGAAGCCGCGGCAUCCGGGGCAAAUUACCUGGGUGCAGAUCCCGAGCGUGUCGUUCCUGAACUGGCACCCCUUCACCAUCGCGUCUGCGCCCGGCGAUGAGGGCGCGUCUCUGGCGAUUAGAGGGCUGGGCGGGUACACGAGGAAAGUCCAGGGUAUCGUCCCGGGUGAUGGAAAGACGAGCAGUGAGUACGUGACCCCGUGUCAAGGUAUGCAAAAAAAGACUGGAAAGCUGCGAAUGCGUCUGGAUGGACCAUACGGCGUCGGCCGCGUUUUCUGGGGCGAGCAGCCGCUGACAGUCCUCGUCGCCGGUGGUAUUGGCAUCACUCCCGGCAUCAGCAUUGCAACGCAUCUCAUUCAGCGAGCCGCGUCCGCCGAUGCCUGUGCUCUGCAAGGGAAGUCAUGGCAUAUUCACAUGCUGUGGGUCGUUAAAGACGUCGAGAGCAUCGAGUGGUUGGGCGACGAGUUGAGAAGUCUUGCUGCGCUGGCAGCCGAUCCUGGUGUACCUGCGACUUUGAAUAUUUCGAUCUAUGUCACGGGCAGAGGAGCUGUACGGGCGGAUGAUGGAGAGGACGCAUACGCAAUGGUUGGUCGAGCCAGUCAACAUGACGUUCCAGGAGAGUUGGGGCAGGGCCGUCCAAACGUGUUGGGAUGGUUGGAAGGAGUGAGGAGAAUGCACCCUUGUCUGGACGCAGCCGUCAACGUUUGUGGUCCCAUCCAGCUUAUUCGGGACGUCAGGAUAGCAGCGUCCAAGGUCAGUUCUACGAAGAGCAUAUUCUACGUCGAGGAGGAAGUUUUUGAGUUUUAG